AUGCCGUCCACAAAACGCGCGUUCUCGACAACGUCUGUAUUUCUUUUUACUAUGGGUGCCAUCGCAAUAUUACUCGGAACAAUGCUUAUAAUUUUAACUAAAAACACAAUGCACUUUUUGCCGACAAUGUUAAAAGUGUUAUUGUCUUUAGCGGUGUGUGGUGGUGCAGUUGCGAUGGUCACUUCUAUGAUAGGAAUAUAUAGUGGGUUCCAACUGAAACGGAUGUUUAUCUAUAUCUAUAUAGGAGGAACAACAGUCACUGCCAUCUUUUUCAUUGCAACCGCCGCACUUGGUUUUGUUGGUGCGUCCCUUCCCGACUGGUCACUGACCAAAUUCUGGAAUGGCCUUACUCCAGAUCAAAAGUCAUUUACUGAAGUUGCUUAUAGGUGUUGUGGGUUCAAAUCUUUCCAACAAGAUGGAUGUGCGUUUUACCCGAUAGCUGGUGAAGUCAUGGCUCCCUGUUAUAGUAAAUUAUUCUUCCCAUAUAACGCUCUUGUGAUCAUAGUAUUAAUCAUGGGGGCACUUGCUACCGUGUUGUGCUUCUCAUUUGUGGGGAUGGCGAUCUACUUCAUUGUCACCUAUGAGGUCGGUUCGGACGAAGUCGACAGUUCGUAUGCUAAAGUGAAUGACAGUGAUGACGAAAGGCAUUUGGAUGAGCCCCUUCUUGAUACCAAAGGUGACAAAAGUGAGAGUAGUGGCGACAAAGAGUCUGAAGCCGACUAA